AUGUCACUCAAGUUUUACAAGACACCAAAGGAAGAUCAUCCUUGGCGGUCGCCCGUUCAAGAUGACACGUGCAGUCGCUACGCUGCGGCAGCCGCCAGGGCGAAGAAGUGGCUGCCUCCUACGUUACGCUUCGAACAAGUCGUCAGGAAUCACACCAUGCCGCCCUGUUCUUUGAACGACUUUAUAGAUUACUUGGUCUAUGUCGAACAGAACGCCGAGCCCCUGCAGUUUUUCCUCUGGUAUUGCGGCUACGUCCAGAGCUGGAUGGAGCUUGACGCCCAUGAGCGUGCCCUCGUGCCUCGCUGGGAUCCCGCCGACGCUGAGGCCCGCGCCGCUGCGAAGGCUGACGCCGACCGCAAGCGUAGAGGGCCCCGAGUCGCCAUGUCAGGCCGCUACCGAAGGGUGCGCAACGCCAGCAAAGUCAGCAACAUUCUCGAAAUAUUGGACGCCGACGGGGAGGAAAAGGAGGAGAAGGAGCUUUUGGGAUCCGCGAGUCCCGCCUCCUCGAGGCCGUCCAGGAACUUUUCACGGCCAUCGGCGCCCCCCGGCACCGUCGAGGCCUGGAUAUCACCUCCCCACCAACCCUUCCGUGACGAGGUUACACAAAUUCUAAACCACUACGUCGACCCUUCUGCCCCCCGCUCACUGGGCCUUACCCUUCGGGAUCGCGCUGCCAUCGCCGAUGCAACCGCUCACACAACCCACCCGACCUCCCUACUCCCUGCUUUUGAAAAGGCCGACGCCAUCCUCCGAGGCCACCUCCACCCAAACUUCAUCCGCUCAUCCAUUGCCAACACAAACAGCCCAACGACCUACGUCCUGCGCGUGUCCGCUUGGCUCCUGUUGAUGCUCGGCUUCAGCGCCGCAGCUGCACUAAACCUCUGCACCGCGCGGUUUGCGCUGAGCCGGUACUGGCGGAUUGCGCCUUUCGCCUUGUGGGCACCCGGCUUCGCGAUUCUUGUCGCCGCUGCCGACGGGUUGUCAAUCUCACUGUACUUUGCUGGGAGGCGGCAGCUUCGUCCGUGGGAGGCACAACCCACACCGGCCGAGCUUGAGGACGCGAGCUGGCGCGGCCGCAGGGCGGCCCGGAGGGCCACCGCCGCGGCAUCACCGGCGGGUGACGAUCCACUGCGGAAGCCGAGCCUUCGGACCUUUGGUCCAGGUAACGGGUUCCGAAGCGAGUGGUGGGUGCGCGCCUAUGCGAAGACGGGGCUUUGGUGGCGGAUCUUUGAGACGACGAGACCCGUCGGCGAAGGGGAGGUCAGAGUUCUCCAGGACGGGGUAGUGAUUACCGCGUUUAUCUGGGCGUUUGUGCUCGCUGGAGGGUUAGCGGCGGGAUCGGUCUUUGUGCCUGCUUUGGAUCCGUGGACGAUGAAGGUGAUGUGA